UUGCGAUGAAGUGUUGAACUUGUUUUGACUUCUCUGUUUGUUUUUCCGUUGUUCAGCUUUGUUUUCGUGUUGGACGUCUACGUGUUGCGUGCUGUACGCUCUGGGCUGCGUCCCGCCGCUUUCAUUCUCAGUGCGUCGGUAUGUGGAGCAGGCUUAAGUCGCUCAAUCCUGUAAGAUAUAACAAUCAUGACAACUCCCGACGCCAAUCUGAAGACAGUCGGCCUUCAUUUGACGGGGAAGGCACCUCCUUGGCAGUAGGACAACCGAAUGAAUCGAAUGCAUCACUAUCGAGUAUGAAUUCAGCCUCAUCGAAGCGCGGCACACGCAACAUAUUUCGCCGUUCGCGUCUGCCGAGCGAGUUUGGGUCGGAAGCUCACAAAACCUCACAAAGUGGUGUAGAAAACCCCGCUGCUGAGCCUGGCACGCGCGCCCAGUCAAGAAAUCAUCCCCUUCGCGACCCUUUCUCCGAUCCCUCCGCUGAGCAACUACCCGAGGCUCGCGCGUUAGACACUUCGGAAGCCCUACCUCAACAUGUGAAGACGCCAAGUAGUGGUUCAGUGCGCUCCAUUUUGCGGGAUCCGCGUGCUCCAAGUACAGGACAGUCUGUGCGUUUCAAUCAGCGAGAUGCAUUUCGUAUCAUCACACCUAAUGCUUCGGCAUCCUCUGGUGACGGAGAAGAGGAAGGAUCCUCUCGCACCCUCCUUCAGAGACUCAGAGACGCAGGUUCCUCUGGUGAUGACGAUGAUGAACAACCGCAACCAAAUACUGAGAAGUUUCCGCCCUUGUUGGAAAGAGAUCCUUUCGCCGCAACGAAUCGUCCAUCAUUUUCCCAAACGCCAUUACCCUCGGUUCCAUCAUCUCAGGAUAGUUCAACGUCAUUCUCAUCUAGUUCAUCCAAGGAUCUACCUUCGCUUCCAUCCGACAUGGACAAUUUAUUCGACGUGUCUAACGACUUGAAUGCAAAUCCCGUUUUUGAUAGUUAUGGGGAUAUCGAAAGUAGGCUAAUGGGCAUGGUUCCCUCUGCAGUCAACGACUCCACUCCAAGCCCAGAAGGUACCCGUGAUCCAACUUUCGUCGAUGCCUCCCAAACGCCCCGUCGCAAUGUUCUUGAGGAAUCGACAGCAAAGGAAGGAGAUAGUUGUGACUCCGCCAACCAGCAGGACGGCACAUCGCUCUUUUGCACUCCGACUCAUUCACGAAUGCCUUCUGAGGCCCCAACAAUUCGACCUUCUCCUACUUCUCUUGGAUCCUCCGCCUCCUCCAAGCCCUCAGGCUCCCAGCCUCUAUCAUCGUCCUUCAGUAACAUGAGCUCUUCAUCACACGCUAGUGCUUCGUCUUCCUCGCCGAAGUCCCCCGACGCUGCCAAUGCCACGAUGUAUCACACCCCUCGAGGCGACUCAUUUACCGAUGGUGCAACAGGGACCCCGAUCUCAUUCACUAACUACGUUCGUCCAAGUGUGCCGCGUAAAUUAGUAGAUGGUGAUGAUACUGGGGUACCUGCAUUUCUGAUUCCUUCCCCGUCCCCUCAUGCUGUUCCCGUUCGAGAGGCAUCCGUAAACAUCGAUGAUUCGCCCCUGAAACGUCAUACCAGCGGUCGCGACCUAUCUGUUGUCGAUAAUACAGCGUUUCUUGUUCCAAAUAACUCUGUAGCACUUCCUUUCGCUACCUCCGAGCUUUCAUCUAGUACUCAACAAGCGCUAUCGGCCCAUUCAAAAGAGCACCUCAUCAGCCACCUUAAAGAACGCCUGUCACUCCUUGAAUCCAUCUCGGUUCAAUAUGAGGCGGAUCUCUCCGCUCGAGACACUCUCGUUGAUCACCUUUCAACUCGUAUCAGUCGAGCCGACGAAGAGAUUCAGGCAUGGCAUACGGAAGCAGACCGCACAACCCGGAAGUUUGAGCGCUUGCGCCAGAAGGUGAACGCUCUCACCGUGCAGUGCGAGGCUUUGAACAAGGAGAAAGCUGUCUUGCAUGCUGAGAAGAGGCGCUCCAGUAUGUUUGACAUGGCUAGUAGCGCCGCACUGAGGGAACUUCACCAACGUGUAGGUAACCUAGAGGCGAGCAAGAAUGCACUGGAAGAGCAAUUGGAAGCAGCAGAAUGUGUGCAUGCAUCAGACCAAGAACGUAUGAAGGAGCUCGAGACCGAGAAGACAGAAUUGGCAGGGACCCUCUUGGAAUCUGAGCGUGAAUGCGCCCGAUGGAAACAGGCGGCUGAGGCAUACGAGGCGGAGAGCACGAGCGCAGCUGAUCUUCUGAACUCCUUGCAUUCCACUACUCCUGCGAAGUCUCGCAUAAAUAAGUCAACUCCUGGCACACCGUACUCUGCGUUUAGUCGACCCAUCAGCAUGUUCAGUUUGAACGGGCAGGCACCAGAGAACGACGAGCAGGUUUACGUUCUUAAAAGCGAAAUCAUCCGCCGUGAACAAGAGCACGCUGAUCUGCGUGAGCUUCAUCGGGCUGCAUCUUUCAAAGCUACUGAGGAGAGGCUACAACUUGCUGCAGAGCAUGAAGCUCUCGCAGCGGAGUACGAGCUGCUCCAGGUAGAGCAUGAAAAGCUCAAAGCAGAAUUUGAUGCUCAACAUGCAGGACAAGACGUGCGCGAGGCGCUGGAGAGGCUGGAGAAGGAUCACUCCAUACUUAAAGCUGAACUGAACGCGCAAUGGACCUUAUCCGAAAAUGCGAACGAGAAGAUAUCUCAUCUCACUGUUGUGUGUGCGGCGGCCGAAGAAGAAUCGAAGAAAUUACGCGAGCUGCAUCUUCAAGCUACAGAAGAGCUGCGAAAGGCCGCAGUUACAGAAGAGGGACUCAAAGGCCAAAUUGAACAGAUCAACCAGCAGUGCGAUGAUCUCACCUACUCGCGGGAUGACGCUCGUGACACCCUUGCCCAAGAACGACAAAGACACCAUCGGGAUCUCGAAGCUGCCGCCACAAAUGCUAUGUCUGCUGCUGCCGAAAUUGAAUCUCUAAGAGCUGUAUUGGAUGAAGAACAGGCGAAGGUAUCGCAUCUUGAAGACCAAUUGAAAGAAAUGCAAGAAACACGUAGCCAGGCUUCAGAGCAACUUCAAGUCUUGAUCGAGCGGGAGUCCUCUUUGGUUGCCGAGGUUGAAUCGCUGAGAGACAAAGUACAACAGAUUGAGUGGAACAGAGAUAAAACCCUAGAGGAACUCGAGUACGAACGCAAUCAUUUCCAAGACAAAUUUGAAGAAUUGUGUCGGAAGAUCAAUGAAUUGGACAUGGGACGUGAUAUCCUUGGGGAAGAGAACAGGGGCUUAAAGGAAUCCAUCCGAUCGUUAGAGAUGAAAAUUGAGGCCACCACUUCCGAUUUUGUUGGCAAAGAUCGGGAGUGUGUGACGCUCCGCAGCGAACUCGAGCAAUCUGCGGCCGAAGCCCAUAAACUCCGGAGUGAAAUUCAGCAAUAUCUCACAUCCUCAACGAUCAACCGUGCCGAAAUAGAUGCGUUGCGCAAGGAUCUUGAAUCGACUCUAGCAACGAAAGUCAGCACACAAGCUUCUCUUCAGGAAAGUCAGGCCAAGAGUCGGACUUUAGAGCAGGAGUUGCAAGGCGUGCACCGUCAACUUAAGGAGGUUAAGCAAGCCAGCGCUGAUCUUGAGGUCAAGAUGUUGAGGUUGAACAAGGAAAAGGCCCAGCUGGAAGAGGACAAUUCUGGUCUUUACAUGGGAUUGGAGGCUAAGCAGGAAGAGCUAGAGUUGCUCAAACGUAAACUUGGCGUUCGUGGAACUGCUGGGUCUGCUUCAGCACAACCCUCGUCAAGGGCAGUUUCGGAUUCAGUGUUCAAACAACCGGCGUCACGUCGCUCUAGCGUUUCCUCUAGCGUUGCUGAUCGAGAAGAUUCGUCCAGGCCAGCCAAUUCGUCCAAACAGAUUCGAUUCGCGACUGAGGCUUCGGACAAAGCCCCGGGACUGCCAAGGCCAAUAAGCAGGCCCCGAGUUUCUAUGCCGACGCCGACGCCUGCAGCUAUAACGUCGCGCUAUCCGUCACUAGGGCACGCAAAGAAUCCAUCUUCUACUUCGUCGACAGGUUCGGCCACUGGAAGACGGCCGAUCGGUGCUCCUGCGCUCACUGGCCAAACGGUGAGACGGGCCUCAUCUAACAGCGAUGUAGAGUCUGUCGCUUCUGCAUCAGCCAUUUCAGGCUCGGAGACGACCCGCACAACCACAAUACGCCGCGCGUCGAACUCCGACGUUUCCAAACGACCUUCAGGAGUCGGCGUGUUCACUACAAUAGGGACAGCAUCGGCCAUACAAGCCAUGAAGCGCUCAUCUUCCGUUAAUUCACGCCCUUUGAAUGCUUCUAGUGCGGCACCUUCCUCGACAAGUGUUGCCAAGCCUGUCCGACGCUUGCAACAACGAUCAUCUUCGUCCCUAGGUUCCACUCCGGAGGAGGCCCCAACAACAGCGGACAAGGAAAACCAGCCCGAUAUAGAAAGCACUCCAAAAGCCCAACAACCCGGGGCGCCCAGCGCCACGACCACCAGGCGUCGUAUUGCGAUCCCUCCAUAGUAGCACAUUACUUUCUUCAGCCAUUUUAUUAUCUUGUUAUUAACCGCAUCUUGCAUCACUGUAUUGUACAGUUGUGUUAUCAUCUUCCGAUUUAUUUGACAAAGGUGCCGUCCAGCAGAAACCAUCUCAAUUACAGAUACGCGACGAUGUUAAUGGUCUGAUAUUUUUCAGAUUGCUACUGCAUGGGUACAUUAGAACUCAAGCUAGACUUUUGCUCCUGCAAGGAUGUAUUAACUCGACAACCCACUAGCGGUAGGGCGUGGAUUAGACGAACCUGUACAGCAAUAUAUAAGCCGUGCUGUCCUCGCCUCC